CAGCUCCACGACCAAGCGCCCGGCUGUCACUGUGCCCGGGGGCAACAAAACGACCCCACACAAAGGCUGCACCCCAUCUCCCCUCUGCCAGCUCAUCAUCAAGGACAGCCUGUUUGCCCAGUGCCACGCGCUGGUGCCCCCACAGCACUACUACGACGCCUGCGUGUUUGACAGCUGCUUCGUGCCAGGCUCGAGCCUGGAGUGCGCCAGUCUGCAGGCCUACGCAGCCCUCUGCGCCCAGCAGGGCGUCUGCCUCGACUGGCGGAACCACACGCAUGGGGCCUGCUUGGUGGAGUGCCCGUCUCACAGGGAGUACCAGGCCUGUGGCCCUGCAGAAGAGCCUACGUGCAAAUCCAGCUCCUCCCAGCAGAACAACACAGUCCUGGUGGAAGGUUGCUUCUGUCCUGAGGGCACCAUGAACUACGCCCCUGGCUUUGAUGUCUGCGUGAAGACCUGCGGCUGUGUGGGACCUGACAAUGUGCCCAGAGAGUUUGGGGAGCACUUUGAGUUCGACUGCAAGAACUGUGUCUGCCUGGAGGGUGGAAGUGGCAUUGUCUGCCAGCCCAAGAGGUGCAGCCAGAAGCCUAUUACCCACUGUGUGGAAGAUGGCACCUACCUCGCCACAGAGGUCAACCCUGCUGACACCUGCUGCAACAUUACUGUCUGCAAGUGCAACACUAGCCUGUGCAAAGAGAAGCCUCCCGUGUGCCCGCUGGGAUUUGAAGCAAAGAGCAAGAUGGUGCCUGGCAGGUGCUGCCCCUUCUACUGGUGUGAGUCCAAGGGGGUGUGCGUUCACGAGAAUGCUGAGUACCAGCCCGGUUCUCCAGUUUAUUCCUCCAAGUGCCAGGACUGCGUGUGCACGGACAAGGUGGACAACAGCACCCUGCUCAACACCAUCGCCUGCACCCAUGUGCCCUGCAACACCUCCUGCAGCCCGGGCUUUGAACUCGUGGAGGCCCCCGGGGAAUGCUGCAAGAAGUGUGAACAGACGCACUGUAUCCUCAAGCAGCCUGACAACCAGCACGUCAUCCUGAAGCCUGGGGACUUCAAGAGCGACCCCAGGAACAACUGCACGUUCUUCAGCUGCAUGAAGAUCAACAACCAGCUCGUCUCGUCCAUCUCCAACAUCACCUGCCCAGACUUUGAUGCCAGCAUUUGUGUCCCGGACUCCAUCACAUUCAUGCCCAAUGGAUGCUGCAAGACCUGCAUCCCUCGCAAUGAGACCAGGGUGCCCUGCUCCACCGUCCCCGUCAUCACGGAGGUUUCGUACGCCGGCUGCACCAAGAGCGUCUUCAUGAAUCAUUGCUCCGGGUCCUGCGGGACAUUUGCCAUGUACUCGGCCAGGGCCCAGGUCCUGGACCACAGGUGCUCCUGCUGCAGAGAGGAGAAAACCAGCCAGCGUGAGGUGGUCCUGAGCUGCCCCAAUGGUGGCUCGCUGACACACACCUACACGCACAUCGAGAGCUGCCAGUGCCAGGACACCAUCUGCGAGUUGCCCACCGAUACCUCCCGACGGGCCCGGCGCUCCCCCAGGCAUCUGGGGAGUGGGUGAACUGGGUGGGCACAGCCACCCUUCACUGCCCUCCACAGCUCUGCCUCCCCCGGACCCUCUGAGCUUCCUGGCCUCCUAAGCUUGGCUUCCUCUCUUCAGAUAUUUAUUGUCUGAGUCUUUGUUCAGUCUUUGCUUUCCAAUAAUAAACUCAGGCAGAC